AUAAAAAGGCGGGAUAUUAUUAAUUAUAGUUUUUAUGACUAAAAGACAAUAAUUUAGUUAAAAAAUUUUUAAUUGUUGCACACACAACAAUUAUUGUUUUUGAUUAUAUAUUCAAUUUUAUUAUGUAAAUAAUAAUUGUAUGUACAUUGUUAUACAUACAUAUUUAUAUUUAUUAAAAUACUCAAUUAUAUGUUGUACUGUAUAUAAAAACUUUAUGAAUUGAAAGUAAAAAAAUUUAUUGAAUUUCACUAAAAGUUUACUAGCUACCACGUGCUUGUAAUUUUUGUAUUUAUAAAUAAAUAAACUGCAACUACAUAAUAUUAUAAUUACAUUACACAUAUAGAAUUCAAAAAUUAAACAAUGAAUGAAGGAAAUUUAAAUAAUUGUUGUCCUGAAAACAAAUGUUCAUGCACAGAAAAAUGUUUUCAAACGAAAAAUGAUAAUAUAAAUAAAUUUAAAAAAACUCCAUUGGAUCUAUCAAAAGAAGUUACUGGUUUAACUCAUGAAUGUGGUGUCUUUGGAGCUAUAGCAUGUGGUGAUUGGCCACCACAAUUAGAUAUACCACAAAUUAUUUGUUUAGGAUUAGUUGCAUUACAACAUAGAGGACAAGAAUCAGCUGGUAUUGUAACAAGUGAAGGAAAAUGUUCGAAAAAUUUCAAUGUUUUAAAAGGAAUGGGAAUGAUAAAUAAUAUAUUUACCGAUGAUUCAAUGAAAAAAUUAAAAGGUAAUUUAGGUAUUGGACAUACAAGAUAUUCAACAUCAGCUGCAUCAGAGGUUGUAAAUUGUCAGCCAUUUGUAGUACAUACUGCACAUGGUGCAUUAGCAAUAGCUCAUAAUGGUGAAUUAGUUAAUUGUGAAAGUUUAAGAAAAAAUGUUUUAGCAAGAGGAGUUGGUUUAUCAACACACAGCGAUUCUGAAUUAAUUACUCAAUCAUUGUGUUUAAAUCCACCUGAUGGUGAGAAAAAUGGACCUGACUGGCCAGCAAGAAUUAGAAAUUUUAUGAAACUUGCACCACUCUCAUAUUCGUUAGUAAUAAUGCUGAAAGAUAAAAUUUAUGGAGUGCGCGAUCCUUAUGGAAAUAGACCGUUAUGCAUAGGGAAAAUUGUACCUAUCUCAUUAGGAAACGCAAAUCCAUCCGAAGCUCCAGCGGAAGGUUGGGUAAUAUCUAGUGAAAGUUGUGGUUUCUUAUCAAUUGGGGCGCGAUAUGAAAGAGAAGUUGAGCCAGGAGAAAUAGUUGAAAUGACGCGGCAUGGUAUACGUACUAUUGAUAUUGUUGAACGCCCGGAAGAUAAGAAACAAGCAUUUUGUAUAUUUGAAUAUGUUUAUUUUGCCCGAAGCGAUUCGCUCUUUGAAGGUCAAAUGGUUUAUUCAGUACGUUUGCAAUGUGGAAAACAAUUAGCUAUAGAGGCUCCCGUGGAUGCUGAUAUUGUAAGUUCAGUCCCAGAAUCUGGAACAGCUGCUGCACAUGGUUACGCAAGACAGUCCGGUUUACAUUUUGCUGAAGUUUUAUGUAAAAAUCGUUACGUUGGUCGAACAUUUAUUCAACCAUCGACAAGAUUAAGACAAUUGGGUGUUGCAAAAAAAUUUGGUGCUUUAUCAGAAAACGUUGAAGGCAAAAGAUUGGUUUUAAUAGAUGAUUCUAUUGUAAGAGGCAAUACUAUUGGUCCUAUUAUAAAGUUAUUAAGAGAUGCUGGAGCAAAAGAAGUGCAUAUCCGAAUUGCAAGUCCACCAUUGCAAUAUCCAUGUUACAUGGGCAUCAAUAUUCCAACAAGAGAGGAACUUAUUGCAAAUAAAUUGAAAAGUAAGCAACUCGCUGAACUUGUAGGAGCUGAUAGUUUGGCAUACUUAAGUGUAGAAGGUUUAGUUAAAGCUGUUAAAUUAAAUCGAAAUCAUUCAAUACCCGAACAGGCUGGUUAUUGUACUGCAUGUCUAACUGGUGAAUAUCCAGGUGGAUUGCCUGAAGAACUUAGUUGGUAGCAAAUUAAAAACAAUUUAAAAUAAACUUAUUUACAUAUAAUCAUUCAUUGAUUUUAUAAUGAAUUUAUAUACUUACAUACAUACAAGCUUCCAAUAUUGAAAUUUUAGCGGAACAAAUAAUUAUUGUUAAAAAGGCUUCCAUAAAAUAAUAUGGUUCAAUUUACGUUAUAUGUACAAAAAAAACGUUCUAAUCUCAGUAAACCUGCUUACUUAGAUACAAAUAUGUAUACAUAUGUAUGUAUGUAUAUGCACUAGAUUUUAGAUUUUUAUAUAAAAAACUUGUAUAUUGUAUAAAAAGGAAAAUAAAUAAUUGAAAUAAACAUUUUAUAAGAGUUAUAAAA